AUGGCCUUCAACUUUGUAAAACUUCCAGCACUUCAAAACGAAAAAUUUUCACUACCCAACUCAUCAACUGGUUCUGUUGUGAUGUCUCGUCCCCCAUCUGUCUCUGCAUCUAAAGAUAUUUUUUCAAACGUCUUCCAAAACAGUGUAAAAGUGGAAUUUGACAAGCUGACACAGGAAAAAACUGAGCUCCAUAGACUCUAUAUCAUGUAUUACGAGAUGUCGUACGGAUUGAAUGUCGAAAUGCACAAACAGACGGAAAUAGCAAAGAGGUUGAACGCAAUAUGUGCUCAAAUAAUCCCAUUUCUUUCCCAAGAAGUAGAAAACUUUUCAACGAAAUCAGCCAGCGACCAGGAACUAUUUGGGAAAGAUUUAAUAAUAUUCCAGUCAGCUGGUCCAGCUUCAACAGCAGCAGCAAGUAGCGGCGGCAGUGGAGCGAGCCAAACAGGUGACCAUGCAGGAGCUCAACGUCAUCAUAGGGAGAAGAAACAAAAUCAGCAUUGGGAUCAAACCUUUGUAUUCACAUUCCAGAAUGCCAAAAGAGGGGAUGAUAAUUGGUCGCUACUUAGGCUUGGCCUCUACUGA